UUCCUAUUUUAAUAGCACAUUUAAAAUACUAUUACUCAUGGAUGGAUGGAUAAAAUAAAUCUGUACAGAUUAUUUUAUUUGGGGCAGAAAAAAAUUCUAGGGACAUAGGCAUGAUAACUCUCUCUCUAGUUGAAACGAAGAGUGAGUUCUAGGUUAAAUAUAAUCAAGGAAUUUCCCUGUCUUUGCUAUUUGAGAUUGUGACCACAACAGGCGGUUGGCUGAAAGAGAGGCUGAAGGGGGGAGGGGAGGGAGAAGACGGAAAAAAAAAAGCUCUCUUAAGCGUCUCUGCAAAACAUUCUAGCCCCAGUAGCAGUGACAGAAGCUCUCGAAUCAAGUCAGGAUCCAGAUACGAGGUGGUGCUACUCAGCUGGAGCGAGGGGGACAUUUAUUAGCUCAGUAACACAAGUCCUGGCUCCUGAGAUUAACCUCUGAUGCCAUUCAUGCCAACACCCAAUCACGAGCAAGAUCAAAAGUUCGGAGAUGCCUACAAAUUGGCAACAAGUGUGGACACUCUACGUCAGGGGCUCUCAGACUGUGGCAGAGAGGAAGAACAGCUUUAGAGAGGAUGCCCAGCUGGUAAGAACCGACUGUUUAUGAUGCUCUAGUCACUUGAGGGCUCUCAUUGGCUGAAAGGAAGAAACGCCCCGCCUCUUUGCAAAUCUGAGUGAAAGGGGGAAGUGUCUAAACUUCUAUGUCUGAUGGCAUUUGACCCGAUUGCUUUCAGCCUCCUGGCUCCAUACCUAGAUAUCCUCAGGUGUAUGUGUGUAUUUUAUAGAAUUGCUCCCCAUCUGUUGGUACCAAAGAGAGUUGAAGGAAAUGAAUUUUGAAACUCCACGGUGUGCCACCCUACAGUACUGUCCCGACCCUUACAUCCAGCGUUUCGUAGAAACCCCAGCUCAUUUCUCUUGGAAAGAAAGUUAUUACCGAUCCGCCAUGUCACAGAGCACCCAGACAAGUGAGUUCCUCAGCCCAGAAGUUUUCCAGCAUAUCUGGGAUUUUCUGGAACAGCCUAUAUGUUCGGUACAGCCCAUCGACUUGAACUUUGUAGAUGAACCAUCAGAAAAUGGUGCAACCAACAAGAUUGAGAUCAGCAUGGAUUGUAUUCGCAUGCAGGACUCAGACCUCAGUGACCCCAUGUGGGUGAGUACCCUGAGCUCCCUCUUCAUGUGUGGGCCAGGCUAUUGGCAAAUCAAAAGGAGAUGGCUCUGA